GGUAUUUCUUUCCAUUGUUAUGCAGACGACUGCCAGAUUUAUGUACCCUUAAAACGACAUGACACCUGUUCUAUUACACCUCUUUUAGCAUGUCUGGAGGAUAUUAAAGCAUGGAUGGCCUUAAACUUUUUAAAUUUUAAUGAAAAGAAAACAGAGGUGAUAAUGUUUGGACCUGGUGGCUCAUAUGAGAUCCCCCCUACUGAGCUGGGCCCUCUAGCCUCAUAUCUUAAACCAACAGUAUUAAAUCUUGGUUUUAGAUUGGACAGUGAUUUUAAACUGGACAGCCAAAUCAACGCCACAGUCAAAUUAAGUUUUUUUCAUCUGAGGAAGUUGGUAAAGGUGAAACCUUUCCUUUCCAGGCAGCAGUUAGAAACCGUAAUCCAUGCCUUCAUUUCUUUACGGCUGGAUUACUGUAAUUCCCUGUAUUUUGGACUCAGUAAAUCCCUACUCGCACGUCUGCAGCUAGUCCAGAACGCUGCUGCACGGGUUUUGACUGGAACCCGGAAGAGAGAACACAUCACUCCCGUCCUGGCUUCACUUCACUGGCUGCCUGUGCAUUUUAGAGUCCAUUUUAAAAUCCUCUUGAUUACUUUUAAAGCUUUAAACGGUCUUGCCCCGUCUUAUUUAAUUCAGCUACUCAACCGCUACACUCCCUCCCGGUCACUCCGGUCGGCUGACCAGUUGCUCCUGGUCGUCCCCGGAUCCAAGCGGAAGCUUAGAGGGGACAGGGCCUUUUCUGUUUGUGCUCCUAAGUUAUGGAAUGCCUUACCUUUGACCAUUCGUCAGGCUUCCUCAAUACCGAUUUUUAAAACUCUUCUUAAAACUCAUUUCUACACUUUGGCUUUCAACCCAAACUGAGACUUGAUCUUAUCUGUUUUUAUAUAGUGUUAUUGGGUAGAUCUUCACCCCCAGUUUAUUAUUUUUAUG